CCUAACCCCCAAUUUAACACACAUUCCCUUGAUGACCGAGAUUCAUCUCAAUCUCAAGUUGUCAACCUCUACUCUACACACGAGAGCGAUUAAACACAUCUCCGCCAAUCCCCAACUCUCCGACGACCCCAAUCGCAAACCCUAGAACCUCCUCCUCCUCCUCCUCCACCGAUUCUCUCCGCCGUUGUUGUUGUUGUUUAGAUAGUGACGUCAUCUGGUUCGUUUGUGGUGAGUGUUGUGUGUGUUUGAUAUGAAGAGAAGCUAUCAGCAGUCAUCUUCUUCAUAUGGACCUCCUAAAUCCAAAUCCAGACAUAAUCCAGACGGUGAUGCUUUUCUAGAGGACGAGAGCACAAAGAUAUUUGCCAAGAAAGUUGCUGACCAUUACAGUGCAAGGACAAACCAAACCUUGGAGGAGCGAGAAGCGAGUCCCAUUAUUCAUUUAAAGAAGCUCAAUAAUUGGAUUAAAAGUGUCUUAAUUCAGCUAUAUGCAAAGAGGGGGGAUGCAGUUCUUGAUCUUGCGUGUGGUAAGGGUGGUGAUUUAAUCAAAUGGGACAAGGCAAAAAUUGGAUACUAUGUCGGAAUUGACAUAGCAGAGGGAUCGAUAGAAGAUUGUCGCACUCGUUACAAUGGGGAUGCAGAUCAUCAUCAGCGCCGUAAAAAAUUCACCUUUCCUGCUCGACUGUUAAGCGGUGAUUGUUUUGAGGUACGACUAGAUAAAGCUUUAGCUGAUGAUGCACCUUUUGAUUUAUGUAGUUGCCAGUUUGCUAUGCACUACUCAUGGUCUACUGAGGCGCGUGCAAGGAGGGCCUUGGCUAAUGUAUCAUCCUUACUUCGUCCAGGUGGAAUAUUUAUUGGAACAAUGCCAGAUGCUAACGUUAUUGUGAAAAAGCUAAGAGCAGCCGAUGGAUUGGUAUUUGGCAAUAGUGUCUUCUGGAUUCAGUUUGAUGACGAUUUCUCAGAGAAGAAAUUUAAGUCUUCAAGCCCCUUUGGCAUAAAGUACAAAUUCCACCUAGAGGACGCCGUUGAUUGUCCGGAGUGGAUUGUGCCAUUUGAUGUCUUCAAAUCACUGGCAGAAGAGUACGAUUUAGAGCUUGUUUUCGUGAAGAACUCACAUGCAUUUGUUCAUGAGUACAUGAAGAAGCCUGAGUUUAUCGAACUCAUGCGUAGACUCGGUGCAUUGGGUGAUGGAAACCAAGACCAGAGUACACUUUCAUCAGAUGAAUGGGAGGUAGCUUAUUUAUAUUUGGCAUAUGUCUUGAGGAAGCGGGGCCAACCUGAGCAAAACAGAACAAAUACACGAAGAGACAAAGGCAAGAUGCAUCUAGAAAAAGAAGACAUAACAUAUAUUAGUAGCUGAUUUCAAGUGGGGUCUAUGGCAGAUGAUCAAUAACAAUCUCGAACAAAACUAAGAAAAUGACAGGUCUGUGCAUGUGCGCAGAUCAUUCAGUUUGAGGCUGUUUUCUGGAAAAAAAAUAUUUGUAAAAUAAGUUAUGUAAUAGCUGUUAACUGCAGUGUUGCUGAUUACACAGCAAACAUUAUAGUCCUGCGCUUGUAUUUUUUCCCUUUUCUGCUCCAGAAUCCAAGCCUGUGUUAUGUGGCCGUUUCAUAGGAUUUCACAUGCUGUAAAAUUGUAUCGUAGCAGUUACUGAAUUUACAAUUAAAAAUUCCCCUAUUAAUCAAAGUUUUGUCGGCCGGAGGGUCAAACUUCUCACUGGGAA